AUGGCAAUGGGUGCUGUAAGUAAUGGUGGUAAACGGCGGAGGAGUGCUCAUACUGAUAUGGGAUGGCUUUGUUAUGUUUUCUUAGCCUUUCUGUGUUUUUUCUGCAAUGUUGGAAGGAGCACUGACAGUCUCAGACCCGGCGAAUCUGUUACUCGAAACCGGACAUUAGUCUCCGCCGACGGGAACUUCGCGUUGGGAUUCUUCCGCCCUGGAAACUCUUCUUCUUCAUUUCUCGGGAUUUGGUACAAUUCCAUCAACAAUACAGUGAUCUGGGUGGCUAACAGAGAAUCUCCUCUGCCUCAAGAUUCUGAAGCCCUUUUCACACUGGGAUAUGAUGGGAAUUUGCAGAUUUUGGACGGCGGAGGAAGAAAUAUUAUAUGGUCAACCAAUAUCUCAGGCAGCGGAUUAGCCGGAAACUCCACGGCCGCCCAACUGCAAGAUACGGGAGAUCUUAUUGUGAAGCAGGGUGAGAGCAUUGUUUGGGAAAGCUUCGAUGUCGACAGCGAUACGUUAAUGCCGGGGAUGAGGCUAAAGGUAAACAAGAAAACUGGAAAACGAAACUUAAUCAGAUCUUGGACAGGUAGUGAUGAUCCCCGGGGAGGGAAAUUCUCGUGGGGAAUGGAUCCUAAAGGAUCUCCACAGAUGUUCAUUUGGAAAGAAAACAUUCCUCAUUUUAGGACCACCUUGUAUCAGGAUGGGUUUCCUUACAGUCUUUACUUUCCCUCAGCGGGAUAUACAUCUUAUUCUUUUGCCACAGAAAAUGAUGAAGUGUAUUUCAGCUAUGGAUAUGCUAACACCUCAAUUCAAGCAAGGUUCAUCUUGACUCCGGAAGGUUAUAUUCAUAUUCUUUCGAGGCCAAAAACAAGUGAAAUAUGGCAGAUACAGUGGGUGGCGCCAAGGUUAGACUGUGAAUUGUAUGCACGCUGUGGUUCAUUUGGGACCUGUGAGAGAAUUGAUUCGCACCCGGUUUGCAGUUGCUUGGAAGGGUUUAAACCAAAAUCACAGAGAGAUUGGGAUAAGGGGAAGUAUGAUGCAGGGUGUGAGAGGAGAAUAGCCUUGGGGUGCGGAGAAGCUGAUACAUUUAUGAGGCUGGCGAUGAUGAAAUGGCCUGACCAUUCAUCUUCACUCGGAAAUAAGACAUUUCAGGAAUGUGAAAUGGAGUGUUCUAAGACCUGCUCGUGCACCGCUUUUGCGUAUGCUACUACUUCUAACUCUGCAGUGAAUUGUAUAAACUGGUUUGGCGACUUGGUCGAUUUAGCACGUAACUAUUCCCCGGGAGGUUUUAGCCAAGAUCUUUAUGUUCGUGUUCAUUCAUCUGAGCUAAAUGGAAGCAGUGGAAAUGAUCAUUCAUCUCACAAAAACAAACGUCGUCUUGUUGCAAUAAUAGUCGCCUCAGUCUCUGCAUUCUUUCUUAUUACUGUUUUGGUGUAUAUCCUCAUCUGGAAAUACUGCGGAAGGAAAGGUUGGGUUUGUAGAAGGGCUACCGUGUCAACUGCAUCCCUUCUUGGAAAAGAUGAUAUAGAGCUGUUACAGCUCAGUUUGCGAAGAAUAAUUGAUGCUACAAACAACUUUCAUGAAGCGAACAAACUUGGAGAGGGUGGUUUUGGUCCUGUUUAUAAGGGAUUUUUAUCAGAAUUUGGAAUGGUUGCCAUCAAGAGACUAUCCAAGCAAUCAUCUCAAGGUCUUAACGAGUUCAUGAAUGAGCUGAAGCUAAUUGCAAAACUACAGCAUACAAAUCUUGUGCGCCUAUUGGGUUGUUGCGUUGAGGAUGAAGAAAAAAUAUUGAUUUAUGAGUACUUGCCCAAGAGAAGUCUAGACAAGUUCUUAUUUGAUGCAUUUCAGAAAGAGAAUUUAGAUUGGAACAGGCGCUUUCAAAUAAUAGAGGGAGUUGCUCAAGGAAUUCUUUAUCUUCACAAGUACUCUAGACUGAAAGUCAUUCACCGGGACUUAAAAGCAAGUAAUAUUUUACUUGACGAAGCAAUGAAACCCAAAAUAUCAGAUUUCGGAAUGGCAAGAAUUUUUGGGAUUGACCAAACUCAAGCUAAAACAAAUCAUGUGGUUGGAACAUAUGGUUACAUUCCGCCGGAAUAUGUAUUACAUGGUCAAUUUUCCGAGAAAUCAGAUGUAUUCAGUUUUGGAGUGCUGCUAUUGGAAAUUGUUAGUGGCCGAAAGAAUUCUAAUUUUUUUCGGACUCAACUUUCUUCAACUCUCCUAGGAUGGGCAUGGAAAAACUGGAAAGAUGGACAACCACUUGAAUUUGUUGAUCUAGCUAUAAAGGAAUCAUGUGACUCUCCCAAGGUCAUAAGGUGCAUUGAGGUGGGACUGCUAUGUGUCCAAGCAAUUCCAACGGAUAGACCAAUAAUGUCUGAUGUACUUCAAAUGUUGAGCACUGACCAUGUAACACCAAUUCCACAACUCAAAGAACCCGCAUUUGUUUCUAGCCAAUCCAGUUCCAUUGUUUGUACUUCUCAUCCUAAUUCUAAAAAUGAGAUUACAAUUAGUAUUCUAGAUCCUCGAUAA